UAUAUAUAUAUAUAUAUAUAAUCCGACCAAUCUAUAUGUGGUUCACUUUAAUUCUAAGUGAAUAUAUUCUAUUGUUAAAGGUAUGGAUGAUGUACGAAAAAUAAUAGUGUUUCAUUAAUACACUAUUUACUAGUCCAUUUAGAAGUUUCAAAAAUAUCCCACAUUUCUGAUGAUCAAUCCUUAUAACUGACAUCCAAUUUCUUCUGUAAUAAACAUCAUGUGCGAAGUUUUUGGUAUAGUUGUACGAAGUGAUAAAUAUUCAUUGAGGGUCAAAUUGUUGUUCAGUGUAUCAAUUAUUCUGUUGAUCAUAUGGUUGGUCAAUAUUGUACCAAGUCUCAUUCAAUGGAAAAUCAAUCAAGUCAAUCAUGAUGCAAUGUCUGAAACAAUAGAAGUGUUGUGCAGUAAUAUAUCAAUUACAAAACAGUCAGAAUCAGAUCUUGCUGGUAUAUUACACAAAAUAUAUUCCCCUAUCAGUAAAACAUCCGUUCAAAAAUACCCAUUAAGAUUUAGUUUGGAAGAAAAUAGACUGGAGAAAUUAUAUGAUUCAUCAGGUAUGAAUAAGACGGUGAAGACGUUUCUCAACUAUGGGCAUCGUACAAUUUUCACACCGAUGGAUUUUUCAAAAUGUCAUGCCUCGAAAUGUGCUGUUAUCACUGAUAUGAAUAGAUGGAGAGAAGCUGAUGCACUUAUACUGACAGAAGAUAAAGUGCCGAAAGGAAUUCGACCUCCAGAACAAUUGUGGUUUAGUUUAAUUCAAGAGUCGCCUGUACAUAUUGCUAUGGCAGGUUUUCUGGACAAUGAAGUUAAUUUUACUAUCUCCUUCCGUUUGGAUUCAACGAUUUAUUCACCAUACGGUUCCUAUGAGCCAUACAUAAAGCACCAUGGACCAGAAACACGGUAUCCUUUACCUUCUAGAAAUAUCGCUAGUGGGAAAUCAAAAAAAGUUGCAUGGUUUGUGAGUAACUGUAUACCGAAAAGUCCAAGAAUGCAAUAUGCCAAAGAACUUUCACGACAUAUCUCAGUUGAUAUUUAUGGUGAGUGUGGUACAUUAUCAUGUCCAAAGUAUAUUCCAACUUUCACCUCAUCAGUUGGCUGCUUGAAAAUGAUGCGCGAAAACUAUAAGUUUUAUUUGAGCUUUGAAAAUAGUUUGUGCAGUGAAUAUGUAACAGAGAAGUUGUAUAAAAAUGCACUGAAUAACGAAUUACUUCCAAUUGUGAUGGGUGCUUCGAUAGAAGAAUAUGAAAGAGUCGCUCCUCCAUACUCUUUCAUUCACGUUGAUCAAUUCGAAUCACCAGCUAAACUGGCAGACUAUUUGAAGUAUUUGGACAAGAAUGAUACUGCAUAUAAUGAAUAUUUUGCAUGGCAUGGUCAUGGGAUCGUACAUGAUUACGAUGCUCAACCUCAAUGUGCAAUGUGUCUACUGGCACAUACAUCCCAAGCAUUUGGUCCAUAUUGGGUUCCGAAAGUGGCACGAUGGUGGAAUGAUGGAUGUAAUGGUCGGAAAUUGCGUUGGAAUCCAUGAAAGAUGAAUAUUGAGAACAAAAUUAUUGUUUAUCUUCUAAACUGUAUUAAGUUGUAAUGUACAUAGUGCUUUCUACUUUAUGCAUUUUCUGGUAUAGAUCAAAAUACAUUUGAUAAUGAAUAAGAUUUUCCACAUAGAA